AUGGCCUCCAGCGCAACCGCACCGGAAACGACAGACUCGCAACCGCCCGCCAAUGUCAGCGUCAAGGACGGCGGCGACCGUGAGCGCGAUCAAUUUGCGGGCCCGGAGAGUGGUCCGGAAGCGCCGUUUCCUAUCAAACUGCAGGGUCCGGUGAUCAAGGGAUUUGGGCGGGGGAGUAAAGAGUUAGGAAUACCCACCGCCAACAUCCCACCUGAAGGCCUAUCAGCAUACCCAGACUUACAAUCAGGCGUCUACUACGGAUUCGUGGGGCUGUCCCGGCCACCCAUCAACAACGACACAACAGGUAGCACCUCAGAUUCCACGGCAUCAACGCGCAGCUCGAGCGUCGAGAUCUACCCGUCGGUGCUCAGCAUCGGAUACAACCCGUACUACAAGAACACGGUGCGGAGCGUGGAGAUCCACAUCCUGCACGACUUCACGCGCGACUUCUACGGCGCGGCGCUGAACCUGUUGAUCCUGGGGUUCAUACGGCCCGAGUACGACUACGUGAGUCUCGAGGCGUUGGUCAAGGACAUCAAGAUCGACUGUGAGGUUGCGGCGCGGAGUCUAAAGCGGGAUGCAUACAAGGUGUUUGCGGACGAGGUGACGACGGAUGCUGCUGGUGGGAACGGGGAGGGGAAGGGCAGCUGGUUGGCGGAGUUUGCGUGGGUGGAUGGUGUGGAUGCUGCUGAGGUGGAGAGGAAGGUGUUGGCGAAAUAG